AUGGCGCUCGACGACUAUCAUCAGAACCAGGACAAUGAUGUCCGCCUAGUCGACUUCCUGGACGAUAAACUACAGGCCUUUGCCGACUUUGACUCGCUAGAUACGCUACUGGAUAGUGUCAAGGCCCAACAAGACUUGCUGAAGCAGCAGCUCGAUGAUGCCCGUAACGAUCAUAACGUCGCACAACAAGCCUCGGAUCAGCAUGCCGCUUCAAUCAAACAAAAAGGCGCCGCCUUCCAGCGCGACCAACAGGACCUCGACCGUCGUCUGCAGGUCGUCACCCAGUCAGAAACUAGCGACGAUGCCUUGCAAAAAUUUGACUCCAGUAUGGCACGCCUGAGGAAGCUCGACAUGGCCUCGGGCUAUGCUGAGAUGUUGCAAGAGGUCGACACGUUGCGACAAGAGUGUAGCGAGCAGCUAGGCAAAUCGGACAAGGCUGCUUUGACCGCAUACAAGAAACUGUCUACUCUGGCCACUGGUCUCCAGCCUUUGUCUGAGGCAGCUGAGGGUGCCGCUCCUCACCUCGUUCUCCAUGUUCUGAGGACCACCUACAACGCACGCACUCAGAUCGAGCAAUCCUUUGCCGCCGACUUCGAAAAGACCUUGACCAAGAUGGGUUGGCCAAAGCAGGCUAUCUCGGUACCUCCGGGCUUGCAGUCCGAGUGGAACAUGCACAUCGAGAAACUCAUCGACCUUCAAAAGUCGGAGCUGGUUGCAGCCGAUGAAGCAAACAGUUCCAAGACAUCAAAGAAUGAGCCUGCUGUUCUGCUCCCUCUGGAGAUUAUGGUCCGCUCGCUGGAGCUUCGUUUCAACUACCAUUUCUCUGGCGAUCGCCCGACCAACCGUCUGGACAAGCCCGAAUAUUUCUUGAACCAUGUCUUGGACCUCAUCAGCAGCUACUGCGCAUUCUUCCAGGCACAUUUGCAACCACAGCUUUUGGCUAACUUUCGAGGCUCGGAUCUUGCAAUGAUACCCGCCUACAUCGACGCCACGUCGGCUCUCAUCACUGCCUUGAUACCAAUGUUACAGAACAAGCUGCGUUCAAUCCUCCCGCAAGUCUCGGAGCAGCCCCAGUUGUUCAGCAACUUGAUGCAUGAAGUCAUGACGUUCGAUGCCACUAUCCAAGAAGAAUGGAACUACACACCCCUGUCUCCCGCUACCGUCUGGCGCGGUCUUGCAUAUUACGUCUUGGAGAAGGAAUCCUACUUCUCCAAGUGGCUGAACGUGGAACGAGACUUUGCUAUAGCACGCUACGAAGAGAUCAUCUCGGAUAAGGGGAGUAGAGAACUUGAUUAUGAUUCGGUAUCUGCGGACAGCACUAAACCUACCAAGGCUGCUGUUCGUGUCAACGAUCUUCUGGAGACUAUUACCGAGCGCUACAGGUCCUUGUCCUCAUUCAGUCAAAAGUUCCGUUUUUUCAUGGAUAUCCAGAUGGACAUCUUUGACCGGGUCUACCGUCUAAUUAAUGGUAGUCUGCAGACAUUCUUAACCAACACUACAACUGUUGGACGUGCGGUCAAUGGUGUCACUAAAGCGCAGCAAGCCGAACUCGCCGGCGUCAAAGGCAUGGAUCGUCUCUGUCGCGUAUUCGGCUCUGCAGAGUAUCUCGAAAAGGCUAUGCGUGACUGGAGUGACGAUGUCUUCUUCCUUGAGAUCUGGGAGGAGUUGCAGUACAGAGCAGCCAACAAGAUCGACAUCAAGGGCGACCUCAACAUGGUUGAGAUCGCAGCAAAGACAAACGCCGCCAUCAACAACACAGACGAGAAUCAAGAGCUUGAGGGCGCUCUCUUUGAACAGAUGGCAGCGAGUUACCGCGGACUGCGUGCUCGCAGCGAGAAGGUCAUUUGUGAUACCUUGAUCUACGAUCUCAGAGACGUUCUAAGGCCGUAUGCUCGCAUCAACCCUUGGGCAUCUCUAUCCGCUCCAGGCAGCGGCGGUGAGUCCAACUUGACUGCCGAGUUGGAUCCUCCUCUCACACUCUUGGACACUCAUCUUGCCUUCCUAUCUCGCGCCUUGUCCAAGCCUGCACUGCGUCGUAUCUGUCGUGUCGUCGGGCAUAGUCUCCAGAUAACUCUUUGGGACAGUGUGCUGCUCCGACACUCAUUCUCCACUGCUGGUGCAUCGCAGUUCAUGUCUGACUUCAAAGGCAUCUGCAGUGUGUUUGAUCGUUAUCUUGGUGCUGGUACUGGUCAAAACGUCAUGCAGCGUCUCGACGACGGUCUGACAUUGCUCGAUCUGCCUGUGAGAGGAGAAAUCCCUGUUGAAGUCGAUGCCGAAGCCUCCGGUGAAGCAACUCCAGAGAAGAAGUGGGGACUUUUCGAAGUUGAGAGACGCGUGUUCAUGGACAAUGAGGCUGCUCGAGAUGUGUUGGAAGAGAUGGGCUUGGAGGUCUUGACUGAGAGUGAUGCCCGUGCAGUGCUUGGAAAAAGAAUUGAGCUCAGCAGUUAG